AGGAUUAGGCAACAUUUGGAGAUUUCCAUCCCUGGUUUACAGGAAUGGAGGAGCCUCGUUUCUCAUCCCCUAUGGCAUCAUGUUGCUGUUGUGUGGGAUUCCUUUGUUCUUCAUGGAACUGGCAAUUGGUCAGUAUUUCAAUAGAGGUGCUGUGCGCUCUUGGACAAAAAUGUGCCCGGCAUUUACAGGGAUUGGAAUCGCCAUGCUCAUUAUCUCAGCUUUUAUCAGUAUAUAUUAUAAUGUAAUUAUUGCUUGGAGCUUUUAUUACUUUGUCACGAGUAUGAAGUCUGAAGUGCCUUACAAAACCUGUGGGAAUCCAUGGAACUCACCUCUGUGUCUGGAACCCGGUAGAAAUGCCACUCUUCUAUGUAUGGAUCUUGGUCUUACGAACUGCACGAUGCAGUUGACAACACCAAGCGUGGAAUACUGGAGGAACUUCAUACUUCAAGUUACAUCUGGUAUUGAAGUACCGGGAGAGAUUCGACCACCUCUGGCCCUUGCACUGUUUGUAGCCUGGGUUAUUGUAUUCUCCUGUGUAUUAUACGGCAUCAGAUCAUCUGGAAAGGUUGCGUAUUUCUCGGCAACGUUCCCUUACGUUCUACUGGCGAUUCUCAUCGUUCGAGGCGCAACUCUACCAGGAGCCUACGAUGGAAUCAUGUUUUACUUAACACCUGAUUUCAGUAUUCUACUUAAUCCACAAGCUUGGGUCGACGCAGCCUCGCAGAUUUUUUUCUCUCUAAGCUGUGGACUCGGAGGGCUCAUUGUCUUUGGAAGUUACAACGACUUCCAUAAUAACUGUCAAAAGGAUGCCGUAUUCGUGUCCAUUAUCAACUGUUUUACAAGUUUCUUCGGAGGUUUUGCUACCUUCACCGUCAUCGGAUUUGUUGCACAUACCUUAGAAAAGGACGUCAAACACGUUAUAUCGUCUGGCCCAGGGCUGGCAUUUGUUGUGUAUCCUGAAAGCAUUGCCCAAAUGCCCAUUUCUCCCUUGUGGUCCGUUCUGUUCUUUUUUAUGCUUUUCCUUCUCGGCAUCGACAGUCAGUUCGUGUUCAUUGAGACCAUCAUGUCAUGUCUUACGGACGAAUUCAAGUUGGUCAAGAAUCACAAGAAGAUGACUUUGGCUGGACUUUGCUGCAUCUUCUACCUGCUGGGCCUCUCGUGUGUCACUCAGGGCGGUGUUUACGUCUUCCACAUCAUGGACAAACAGUCUGGUGGACUGUCCUUAAUAUUUGUCUCCAUAUUUGAGUGUAUUGUAAUUGGUUGGUUUUAUGGAGUGGAUCGCUUUAGUGAAAACAUCCAAGAAAUGUUAGGCAAGAGGCCUUCUCUGUACUUUCGAUUGUGUUGGAAGUAUAUCAGCCCGACCGUGGUAACAUUGAUAUUCCUGUGGAGCAUAAUCCAGUAUAAAGGACUGACCUUUGAGGAGUAUGUGUACCCGGUGUCUGGUGAACUGUUUGGUUGGGGACUGGCUUUACUUUCAAUGUUGUCCAUUCCUCUUUAUGCAUUGUGGUAUAUUGUACGAUUACCUGGAUCUUGCGCAACGAGAAUAAAGACUGGUUUUCGAAGUAUUGAAAGCCCCGUCACCUGGGAUGUCGAGCAACAAUGGAGUCAAUACCAAAGUACCAGCGUUACCGGGCGUUUCUCACGCCCAACAUUCAAAAUCCCUACAUUCCACCACUCAAUUCCCUCUUCAUCAGCAUCUGUGGCUGAUGUGCACUCGAUGAACAAGGAGAAGAUAGACGUACCGAACCGCUGCGAAAGUACACCAAUGGACUUAAGAAAACUAGCCAUUCUUCGCUCCAUGGGACUUCACCUACAGAUAUCCAAAGUGUGACAAGAAAUUAAUAUUCAAGCUGAAGUCAAGACGAAAGACUUAAACACAUCUUGUUCUGCUCUAAAACUGAAAAUUUGUAAAAAAGAAAUGAAUUCCGGAAGCCUUAUCUUAAUUAGACGGGAUUACACGCAUUCACUACAUUCAUUACAUCGCUGCUGCAGGAGUUUAUCUUCUGCCUAGUGAACUGGCCAAGCACGCAGUCAGUGAAGGCACCAAGGCUGUCCAGCACCAGCAGCAAGUAAACAGUUUUGAACUGUUUGCUACACAAAAACAACGGUUCUUUUAAGAGCCACCCAAAUGAAUCAAAAGUCAUAACUACUAUGCUGUCUCGACAACAAACAAUUCCAAACCAAACAGAAACAAAUAUAUGUCACUACAACGUCACCUGUUUAAUCCUAGUAUAACACCUCUAGAUAGAUAACAAAACAAAUGAAGCCCCCACCUUUAAUUUAAUAAGAAAACCAAAAGGAAAAAAAAUGAAUUGCCGAAACCCGGGAUUGUUCAGUAGAGUUCCUACGAACUCUUCGGAUUUGAACCAGGGACCUUCAGAUCUUCAGUCUGACGCUCUCCCAACUGAGCUAUUUCGGCAUAUGUGCAAUAAUUGGGUUGCUUGUUUUUCUGAGAUGGCCGGCGUUGUUUGGGGGUCAGCGGUCAUUUUAUGGCGAGGAGAAUGAAGCGUGUUA